AUGCAAUAUGAGAAGGUUAAGGCUGCCAUCCUAGACCAGCUGGGCAUCAGUCCAGAGACGUACUGGCAGAGGCUGCAUCGAGAGAAAUAUCCGCCAGGAGCCCGGCCACGGGCAGUAGCCCAGAAGGUCCGCGACCUCUGUUGGAGGUGGCUAGAGCCGGAUCGCCGUACUAGUUGCCAGGUAGCCAAGACUGUGGCGUUGGAGCAGUUCCUCUGGAUCCUGCCCAUCGGGGGGAAGGAGUGGGUGCAGCAACACCGGCCGAAGACCCUCACAGAGGCUAUGUCCCUCGCCAAAGACUACAUGGCGGUGGAGCCGGAAGAGCGAGCGGGUCUUAAGACAAGGACUUCAGGAGGGGGAGACCGACCUCCAGAAGGGAUGGUGCAUAUGACCGGCGGAAGAGGUCCCCGUUUGCCCAUUCGACAGUCGGGGUUGCCAACAAACCCCAAGGCCCGGGGCCCCUCAGGGGUGCACCUGUCCCGGGACCAAGAGGACCCGUCUGGGGAGUUAAGCCUACCGCAAGGCACCCUACCCAUGGAGGGGAAUCGCGAUAGAUGCUACCAGUGUGGACAAAGGGGGCACUUCAGGAGAGAGUGCCCCUACAUGGACUGUAAUUAUGGACAGGUCCUGACAGCGGACCAACAAGCCCAGAAGGACGGACCGACGAGCCCGGAAGGACCUGCCGAUGAAGAUGGUGAUCCCGGUGCGAGUGGAGGGAACCCCAACCUCAGCACUGGUGGACUCGGGGUGCAGCCAAACUGUCAUUUGCAUGGGACUGGUAGAGGACUCCCUUUCCACCGGGGCCCCGAUACAGUUACAAUGUAUACAUGGAAACGUGAAGUCUUACCCCACCGUCUGGGUGCAACUGGAGGUCGCCCAACAGAAGUUGCAUUGCUUAAUGGGGGUGGCCCCUAG